UAUAUAUUAUUCACACAUAUAUUAGACACUUCGAUUAAAUUAUUCUCUUCAAAGAAAAAACAUGUUGAGUUGUCCAAAGAUUAUUUACCUUACUGCUCUUCAGGUCUUUGUAAUUUAUUGACAAAAUCGUUGAUUUUCACUUUUAUUUAUCUCUUAAAAGUGAAUAAGCAAUCUAAACAGAUUUUUUUGAAUAAGUGACAUUAAGCUGUACAUUAUUUUAAUUUUGCUUAAAAGUAUGCAACUGAUUUAUGCAAUUGAGUUCAUCGCUUUAAAAAUAUCGUGUGAAUGUCUUUAAUAAUCCCAUCAUUGCAAUGACGAAUUAUCGAUAUUUUCUUAUCAGUUUAAAUUCAUUAAAAGAAUUAGUAAGAUUUAGUAUUGCGACAAUCAACGAUGGAAAACAUUGAUUUUAAUGUGGAGUACGGCGAUCUACAAUUGGGAGAUUAUAUUGAUUUUGGUAGCUUUGGUGAUGUUUACAAAGCACAUUGGAUAACUGAGAACAAAGACAUUGUUAUUAAAAUUAUUAAAAAUAAUGAAAGUGAUAUUUUAAGGGAGAUUCGAAACUUAAAAGUUCUUAAACACCAAAAUAUUGUCACUUUCUAUGGAUUAGCAAAAAAUCUUGACGCUCGAAUAUGCAUGAUUUUUGAAUACGCAGAUUGUGGAUCACUUUACAACUUCUUGCAUAACAAUAAGAAUAUUGAAAUAUCAUACGACGUCAAGCUGAAUUGGAUGUUGCAGAUUGCCAAGACGGGAAGAGGAUGUUACACGGAAAAGUGUGAUGUUUUUAGCUUUGGCAUUGUUUUGUGGGAAGUAAUGUCUAGGAUGAAGCCCUUUCAUAACUAUGAAUUAAUGGAUGCGCUAGCUAUCCAAAUAAAAAUUAUUAAUGGUGAACGUCCGAACAUAAAUGACAUUAAGAGCUACAAACACUCCACUCACAUUAAGCUCAUGAUAGAAGAGUGCUGGAAAGACGAUCCAUCUCAGCGGCCGACAAUGAAGGUACUGGCAUUCUUUCUUGGCUUUGAUCCCUAUUCGUUUGUCUACAUUCCCAACUUACUGUCAGCGGCUAAGCCAUUGCAGGACAUAUGUGAUGAAGAUUUUCGAUUUCUAAAAGAGGAUUGCGACACAUAAACAUCUAAUAUCGAAUUGUACUAAUUGAACAACAUAAAAACAUAAAAUAACUUAAGGUUGUAAUUAGUAUAUACUGCUUCUAAAAAAUAUCGUUGUACCCUUCAAAUUAUCCCAUGUUAAUACAUAUAAUCUAAUACCAAUAUCUUCACGCAUUGCUCAUAAAAAUUCUUUAUCAUAUAAAAUCUAAAAACCAUAAUAUCCUAAUUUUGUCUAAUCCGAAAGCCAUAGAUUAGUUAACACUUCAUUGUAGAUAAUGAAAAUUAUGAUUUCUAAGGAACCUACAUAUAAUGAAACUUAUCAAACAUCGAUUACAACUUCAUUGCCAGAUAUCGAUAAGAAUUUCUUAUCUUUGUGAUAAGCCAUUCAUCAACAAACCGUCAAAAAUAGAUUAAAAACUUUUAGUCAGCUUGUGUCAGUCAACUAUGGACAACGUGGAU